GCAGGCAGCAGAGCUCACUCACUGCUUGAGGCUACAACAGCACAGAUUUCUUUGUUACCUGGAACUGAAUCACACAGGAGCUGUUUCUGGGUGACUUCAUCAUUGCAGCAGGAUCAUUGUAUUUCUCUCACCUGGACAUAUGUGGUUGUUGGACAAGCUGAAGGUACCUGACAUGCACGGACAAGUGUCUGACCUGACAAUGAAAGGGGCGGUCAUGGAUAAAAAGCAGCGUCUUACACCUUGUCACAAUGUCCUAACCCCAGACAGGAUUCCAGAGUUUUGUAUUCCUCCACUACUUUCAACUCAAAGAGCAGUAAGACUGAAGUCACUCUACAGGUCUGUACCAGAUCUUAGAAGAGCUGCUUAUGGAGCCUAUAAUGCACCAGAGACACAUAUCAUACAGGUAGACAGUGCAGAUGAGCCUAUGGAGGACGAAAAUACAAAUGGAGACCCUCAGGCACAAGCAGCUUUGUCCCUACCACAUCUUUAUAAGGCCCAUACAUCCUAUGGAUUCUGCACCUUGCUAGAAAGCCCCAACACCAGAAGGAAAGAAUCUCUUUUCCAUGAUGACCCUGCUAGCCUUCCAAUUCUGUUACAAAGACCUCGCUCUCUAACCACCACUUGCCAAAGGACAACGUCUUACGGUAGCUUCAGGGCAUUAAAGCUAAGGACACUAAGUCGUUCCGGAACCUUGGACAGCGAAACGUCCUCUUCAACAGACUCUUCUCCAUUUAGUUCCCCUCUGCUUCAGAGAUCUCUACCACGGGGUGCCUCUUUACUGAAAGCCAUCAGUCAGGACAGACUUUUUUCUAGAGCACUGAAGAAAAAAGGAAGGCUAUCCAGAAACAACUCACUGUCGGCUGAUGAGUGCAGCUCCACAGACAGCAGCCCAAAUAUAAUUCGUAGAGUUUCUGAUGGGAUGAUGGAUUCUGUGUUUCCAAUGGAUCUUCUGUAUUCCAGAGGUAGUUUUGUAGCCGAAAACACAGUGUUGCUCGAGAAUGGGGCUUCUCUACGUUUAUCUACAGAAUAUUGUGAUACAGCACAGAGGCUACGUGUUCGACUCAUCAGCAUUGAAGGACUUUACAAUGUGCACACUGACCCUAAAACAAUCAAUUGCUUUGUGGCACUCUCUAUUACUCCUGGGAAGCAGCAGAAGCAGCGAAGUACCGUUAUAAGAAGGAGCAGGAACCCAAUCUUUAAUGAGGACUUUUUCUUUGAGAACUUGCCACCCACAAAACUUCACAGCUGCUGCCUUAAGAUUAAAGCAAUCAACAAAGCGUGUGGAAUAAAGAGAGACUGUGUCUUGGGCCAAAGUGAACUUUCUUUGCUUAGCAUCUUAUCCCUGUAAGAAAGAGGAAAAAAUAUUUAACAUUUCAAGGCAUUUUAAUCCAAACUACGAACAAAUUCAUUAUUACUGUUAACUGACAAAGGCGGUAAAAAAAAAAAAAAUGAACAUUUAU